GUAUAUUUGUCAGUAACAUCUGUAAGUUGGACGUGAGUUGCUGUGAAAUUCGACAAUGCAAAACAUAUUCUCAUUUGGGAAAUAGAAGCCAGAACUUACUUUAAUUCUCAGGCUGUGAUAAGAUAAGAUUCAUUUGAAGAUUUCCUUUUCUCAUUAGGAUAAUGUUACUACUGGAUGUAAAUCAUCGCCGGAUGCUUGCUGUGAAGCUUCUGUUUUAUGGGAUAUUCCUCAGCAACCACAUAAGUGAGGGUGUUUUCACAGGCCAAAAUGGAGACUGCACACCCAAGAAUACCCUCUUUAUCAGUCCUGAAGCACCAACUCCACAGUAUUUUCCAUCACAAACUAUCUACCAAAAGGACAAUGGAACUAAACUCUGUUUCAACAUCCAGCCAAACAAUAACCCUGCAGGUUGUUGUAGAGAAAACAAUUUCAACUGUAGCAUUAAAGUAAAAAUUGAAGGACCAGGCAAAUACAUCCUAAAUGCAACUGAAGAGAUUUUAUCUAAGCAAGAUAUUGUGGUGAUGGAGAAUCCACAGUAUAAUUAUUCAUGCAUGCCAUCACAGCUCUACAACAGCAGCAGCCCUGGUUUUCUUUAUCAGGUCUACCGCUGCUUGAAUGAAAGUACCAAAAGCGUUAGAGUGAAUGCUGACAAUUGUUCAGAUAAUUCAGCCAAUACUGGAGUGGUUUGCAAAGAUGUAACAGAAACACACUACGUUAUCUUCAAGAAUAAAACCUGUGUGUUAUGUAAGAAACCAGUCUUGAAAAGUCUAGACAAAGAGAUUAAUUAUACCCUGACGGAAAUUCCUACCAGCCCAGACAAAGCAAAAGAUGCCAUGAAUGUUCUACCAUGCUUGUUGAAACACCUGGGUAAUGCCAGCACAGCAGCAGUGAAAAUGGGCAACAUUACAGGACUGAUUGCCAAACUGCCCCAGGAAAACCAAACCAACAUGAACUUUGCCUUCACAGAAAACUCUGGAGUAAAUUCUGUUGAAGAAGAAAACAGCCAUUCUUUGACGGGCCCAUAUCGUUUAAUGAAAAUUCCUAAAGAGGCCAGCAAAAUGGCGGUGGAAAGAAAUGGCUCAUUUCUUGGGAUUCUGCUUUUUCCAGAAAUGCAUGCGGACGACAACAGUAAAUACUAUUUAAACAGUGAGAUAGUGGGAAUAGAAAUGGGGGCAAAAAUACAAAACCUUUCACAACCCAUCGAGAUUCAGUACAGUAAUGUGGACAAGAAAGGAGCGAAUGCUUCUUGCAUCUCUUGGGAUGGAAACAGCACAGAUGCAAACGGGAAAUCACUCUGGAUCACAGAUGGCUGUCAAACAGUGGAGACCAAUAACAGCAUCACCUGCCAGUGCACACAUCUAACCUUUUUUGCCAUACUCAUGUCACCUCCACCUGCAAACAUCAGCGCUUCUGAUGUUAAUUCUCUGACCUACAUCACUUCGAUCGGUUGUGGACUGUCGCUGUUUUUCUUGAUCGUCGGUCUCUUCAUGCACGUUCUCGUCAGAAAAGGGAAAGCAAGCGAAGCAACAAAGAUUCUGAUGAACCUCUUUGUCGCCAUGUUGAUCCUGAACUUGUCCUUCUUGACCAAUGAGAGCAUUUCAAAUCUGGGUAUCAAAGGUGCAUGUGUGGCAAUAGCAGCGGCUCUGCAUUACGGCAUGUUGGCCACUUUUACCUGGUUCUUCAUGCAGGCUUUACACUUGUACCUCAGUCUACGUCGAAUCUGCACUGAGGUGAAACAUUACAUGCUGAAGAUUUACGUCACAGGAUGGGUCAUACCGGCUGUGGUGGUGAUCGCUCUUCUUGCCUCCCAGAAAUAUAAUUCUAUUAAUAUUAAUACAAAUGAAGGGAAAGCAGCAACAAUGUGCUGGAUCUCUGAUGCUGGUAUCCACCAGUGGGUGAACAUCGGCUAUUAUGCUCUGGUGUUUGUCUUCACUUUGAGUGUAUUCAUUGUAACUGUAAGGCAGAUCGUUCUAAUGCCAAAAGCAGGAAAAGCCCAAGACAAUAGUUCCAUUAAGAGCAACACUUCCACCAUUCUGGGCCUGUUCCUCCUUCUUGGCAUCACCUGGGCUUUUGCUUUUUUCAGCUAUGGACCUUUGCUCCUCGCCUCCUACUACAUCUUUACCAUCCUCAACUCCUUUCAAGGUUUCUUCCUGUUCAUCUACUAUUAUAAAUCCAGCAAGAUUAUUGGAGACGGCAAAAUCCACACACAAAGUAGCAGCACAGCUACAUCAAAAACAGCUGUAACGUCUCCUUAUGGAUAAGGCUUGCUGUUUUAUCAUAUUUGAGACAAGAGGGCAGCAUUUUAUUUCAUAUAGUUCCAGUAGGUUACUCUGUGUAGAAACAACUUUGUCAUUUUUUCCAUGUGAUCUCCGCUGAAUGGCUUGUCUAAGAUGAAAUCACUAACCCGGUUUACCUUCUUUGACACAAAUACUCAUGUCGAGUAGAGAUCGAGUGGUUGCCCGGAUGUAAUUUGAGACCACAGCGCUAUGUUUGUUCCUAUGCUUUUAUAUUUUAACAGAAAACUUGUCUUACUCACUCCAAAUCAUUCAUAGAAGGCUGUGAUUCAGUCAGAGUACGCAACCACAAUCGUAAACAUGUCAGGAUGUUAAAGUGUAAAAUGUUAAAGUGGGAAAGUGAAACAUGUCAAAGACAUAAUGACAUUUUCAAUUUGAUGGCAGUAACACCUCUCAAAAAGUUGGGACAGGGACAUGUUUACCACUGUGUAGCAUCCCAUCUUCCUUUAAACAAAAAUUUUUAGUUAUCAUUUCAUGGUGUGUCAAAUGUUCUUAGGAUGGAGUAUGCAGUUUAGCACUCUCUUGCUGAAAUAUCCAAGCAACUCCUUGAACAAGACUUUGUUUGCAUGGGAGAAUAUGUCCAUCUAAAACCUGUAUAUACCUCUUUUCCUUUUACAUUCCUCCAGAUGUAAGGCAAGGCAAGUUUAUUUAUAUAGCACAAUUCAACAACAAGGUGAUUCAAAGUGCUUAAAAGCUGCCAAUUCCAUAAGCAAUAAUUCCAAUUGUCAGGAAUUUAACUGAGUAUUGAUAACAAGCUGGAUGGCCCCUCUCCUCUCAGUGUGGAAAACACAGCAUCCAUAUGAUGUGUAUGUCAAAUACGGGCAAGAUACUAACCCCAAGUUGCUUGUAGGAAUGUGUAUAUUAGUUAGAAAGCAGUUAAAAGCAUAGAAAACAGUGGUUGCGUGAUUGGAUGAUUGUGGUAUAUUGUACAAAGCACUUUGAGUGCUCCAAGAGAGUAGAAAAGCCCUAUAUAAGAAUCAGUCCAUUUACAAUGAUUUUUAGAGCAAGUGCAGUGAUUUCCAUGACAGAAUCAUGUCUAUUUAAAUGCAGUGCUCCCUGAGCACCCAAAGACUACAACGACACAUUUUUGCAUUGGUAUCUUCAGAUUCUCCAAGUCUUUUAAUGAUAUUAGCACAUAUUAAAUAUUUGAAUCUGUAAAGCAUGAACCAUGAAAUAAUUGCAAGAACAUCUUUUGAAAAUAGAGUUAUCACUAAACCUGGCAAAUGAAUUUUACAUAUAUUUUAAUUUGCAUUUAUGAGUUUUCAUUUGUGCCACAUUUUCUGUAUUUUUUGUAAUUGCUGUGUAAUUGUUUUGUUAUUAUUACUUUCUUUGGGGGGUCACACUGAUAAUGUAUCAAAAUCUCAAAAAUCCACAUAUCCCUUAUGAUACACUAGGUAUUAAAUUUAUGGUGGGGAGUAUUAUUCUGAAAUAGUCCCACAAUUUAUAGACAUUUUUUUUGCACACUGGUGAACCUCUGCUGAUGUUUGAAGAUACCCUUUUGAUACCUACUCAUGUUACUGACAUGUUGCCAGUUAACCAAAUUAGUUCUCCAGCUGUUUUAGUACCACUUACUUUUCCAGCCUUUCAUUUUCCUGCCAUUAAAUUUAAAAUGAAAAUUUUGUCAUGAAACCAUAAAAUGUCUCAGUUUAAACAUUUACUAUAUUUGAUGUGUUCUAUUGUUGAUAAAAUAUUGGUUUUGUAAGUCAUUGAUUCAGGUUGUAUCACAGAGCUCUUAAAGCAGCCUUUUUUAACUGAAAUGCUUGUCAACUUGAUAAAAGAGCAGAAGAUUGUAAAAGCAAGGUGAAGGGAAGGCUUAUCCCUCAUAUCCUACACAGUUUCAGGGCUGAACUCGCCAGUUAGUCUGCCGCGUGCCUUCAAAUAAUUACUCUGAGUCUGGAUAGACCAGUAGCCACUGUGGUGGAAGCUCAGCUGGCAAACAAGAAAUGAGCUCAACGCUACUUAUAGUGAUAAGAUCCCUGAAGUUAUUUGGACGUUGAAACUAUUCUCUAAAAUUUACCAUAUUUUACUAGCAUAUAUGUGGAUAGGAUUAUCUCCUUUUUUCACUGCACUACAUAUACAUACAUAACUCCUUUGUAUGUUGUUGAUUUUUUUGUCAAGUCAUUCAUUAGUAUUUAUUUAUAAAAUAGCUUUUUUGAAAUAAAAAUUAUAGCUAUAUAGGUCUAAUUUGUUCAAUGACUUUUUGCUAUGUUAAUAUAGUUUUCAUCUAGAAAGCUCUAGAAAGCUAUUAUUGUAAUACUUUUUUCUAUUUUAGGACACAAUAUAAUUUUCAUACAUAUAAGCAAAGUGUUCUGGGAAAGAAAAAUGUGUAUACACAAUAAAGUCUUAAAAGAAAA